AUUAGACAUUUUUAUACACAGUGCGCGACAGCGAACUUGAUAGCUAUUCGUGUCUGGUGUUGUUCGGUAUCAUGUCCAUUUAGAUUACCUAAACAUGAGCCGUAAAAAUCACAAUGACGGUCGAUUCCGGACGGAAAAUACAGUGCGAAUGUGUGUUGGAGAUUGCACCGCUAGGUCCAGAAUGUUUCCGUCAAUAGCUUUUGCGGCGUCUCUUGCAGGCAACUCCCCCGGAAGGAGACGAUUGGUUGAAUGAGCGACGAAUUCAAAUAUAAUCUCUCACCAUUCUGUGUGACAAAUAUGCAAUAACAGACGAAAUCAGGAAGGGGGUAAACAUUUCACAGCGCUGUAGCCUAGCUGGCUACUUGCCACAGUUAUGCCUACGUUUGAACAUCGAGCCUUUGAAAUUCACAUGCCAACGGUCGGCAGUAGCUCACUUGUCAGUCUGACUAGCAACAGCAGCUAACGUGCUACGGUCGGCCAUACAAAAUGAACUGGGUCGGAGGGUCACGGAACCGAUGCAUGCUCAAAAAUGAUGCAAGAAAACAAAGGGAGUUCUUUGAAAAGAAAAAGAUGCAGAAAAGGAUAGAGCAUUUGGGGUUAGCUGCAGAUCCUCAGGGGGCUGCUACUGGCAGUAUAGACCUGGUCACGUUGUUUAUUGUGAACCAGAUUGCUGCAAAGAAGGAGAACAAAUAUAGCCAUAAAGUUACCCAUUUGAGUCAGAGAAAAGGGGCCCGGUGGCCCAUUCACGAGGACACGCUGGAAUUGCCCAUGAGCCCUUGUUCUCCUUCACGUCUCUGUCUGAUGGAAAGUCAGCCUCAGUACAGUGUCCAGAGAAAAAGAAAGCAACAUCUGUCUGAAUGGAACAACAAUAGACAGCUCUCACCAGUGUUAGAAUCCAACAUGUCCGACUGCAGUGCCUCCGAUUACCGGCACAUCAUCUCGGACAGCUUCAGUCCCCUAUCAUCGGCCACGUCUGGCUCUCUGAGCGGGACCUUUCCUGUUGGGCAGAGGGGAGAGUUCAAACCUUUCUGCCAGCCAAGAGAGGUGAGAGAGGCCAAUCCAUGGCCAGCAAUGUCGCAUGGGUCACAGCUUAAGGUCCAUUACCCUCCAGUGUCCAGAGUUCAGUUUGGUGGUACAGAAUCCAGUGUCAUUAGCACACAGAGGAGUAGAGGACGUACUGUGAAAACCACAGGAUGCUUUCUCAGCCUCUCUAAAGAGGAGGAGAGGGAUCAAGAGACAGCAUUAGUGGAUUUUGACGGUGGUGACUACAACAGCCAAGAAACAACAUUCGACAACAGAAAAAUAAGAAUCAGUUUUCAAGAGGAAUCACCACAAAAUUCGGUGUCCAUUGGGGAUCCAAAUGAAUCUCAGAGCAGGCACCAUGAAGCUGAUUUUCGGUCUCAGCCUGUGGAGUCUGCAAUGUGUUGUGGGCGUGGCCAGGGCUUGGUGAAAAGCUGUGGAUCUGUGUGCUCCUCUCCCUGUGAAGGUCUCUUCAGCUCCAGCUCUGAUAGUGUGGGAAGUAGAGGGGGUGAGGGGGAUCAGUUUGUGCCCUCUCGUCUCCAACCCGGGACAACACAGGGGAGGGAAUACUGGACAGGGCAGGAGAUCCGGCCUUACGAAACGAGAGAAACCGGGACGCAAACCGACGGCUUCUUUGCGUGUCGCACUUCUGACGCUUCCACACAGUGCAGUCCCAGGGAACAGGGCGAAGUGUCCACUUCCCCCAGCGCCUGCGUGGGGUUCCGAUCUCACUCUCGCCAGGUUUGGCACGAGAAGCACAACCAGGCCACCAGGGGGCAGCAUGUUGCAGCCGAUGAGCUGCUGGAAGUGGAUUCACAAGCAGGGACUCCAAACAGCCUCAGAGAAGAGGACCCGCUACCCCAGAGUAAGUCUGGAGUAGCAGCACCGCAGAGCACAAGGGCUGCUUUUACAGGACAGCAGCUACUCUCAGGGGGACCAGAAAUCCUCUACAGGCCCAAGACCAUACCUGAAAACUGGAGACUCAGCACUCCACCCCUCAAGCAUAUCCACUUGAAGAAAACUCCAGUGAGGGAUGAGUUCAGGAAGGAGCAAAAUGGCAGACAGCGGCAGGUGAAACAGGUGGAGAAUUAUGACCAGUCAAAACAGCAUUCUGUGGAAAACGCGGCAAGAAGAGAGGGAGAAGAGCUCAUAACCGAGAGCACGCUGAUGACCAAGGUCUCAGAGGAGACUGAAACACUGCAGGAAAUUGCAGAUAUUCUGUUAAUGAUGAAACAAAAAAACAAGUUAUAGUGUAAAAAGUAGCUUUUACAGCCUAUGCAAGCUUGUGUGUGUCUCUCUGCAUGUGGAUGUACUGUAUGUAUGUGUUUCUACAGUAGUAAAUUAGACAUGAAAUGAUUAGCAUUCUUUUGAU